CGUCGGACCUUAAUCAGUGUGACCCCCAGCGGAAGUAAACAACAGCGCUGCCCGUAGCGUUAGCUGCAUGCUGCUGUUGACUGAGCUGAAGACGGUAUUGUAGCCGUAGAGCAGAUGGUUCUUUCAGCUGGAACUAAGCAACAAUGUCUUCAGUUGAGUGUUUGAGAGAGUUUGUCACCGAGCGGCUAACUGCUGCUGCUGAAGAAAUAUUCCGAGUUGUUGAAAAAACUAUCGUCGAGUACGAGGAAGAGAUCGCUCGGCAGCGCAGACUGUUGGAUGUCGUUUGGAAACCAGAAAUCAAGUUACACAGGAUAGAACUCCCACAGCAACAUGUCUGUAAGAAGGAGGAGGUUCUCUCUGACCAGCAGCUCAACAUGCCAGUUAUAACCUCUGUGGAAUCAGAAGCAAACAGUGACCACCAGCUCCUCUCUCACAACUCUCAUGAAGCUGAGAGCCAAGAUCAGAAAGGAGGCAAGCAUGGAGAGUCAGGAUCAACUAGAAAUGCAGAGCCAGACCCAAAGAAGAGACGACGCAAGAGCAGAAGUCACAGCAACAACGUAGACAACACUAACGUGUCAGAGAUUCACCCUAAUACUCAAACAGAGCUCCCACAGCAACAUGUCUGUAAGAAGGAGGAGGUUCUCUCUGACCAGCAGCUCAACAUGCCAGUUAUAACCUCUGUGGAAUCAGAAGCAAACAGUGACCACCAGCUCCUCUCUCACAACUCUCAUGAAGCUGAGAGCCAAGAUCAGAAAGGAGGCAAGCAUGGAGAGUCAGGAUCAACUAGAAAUGCAGAGCCAGACCCAAAGAAGAGACGACGCAAGAGCAGAAGUCACAGCAACAACGUAGACAACACUAACGUGUCAGAGAUUCACCCUAAUACUCAAACAGAGCUCCCACAGCAACAUGUCUUUAAGGAGGAGGAGGUUCUCUCUGACCAGCAGCUCUGUAUUCAGGAGAGGAACUCCAGUCUGGACCAAGAGGACCCAGAGCCUCCACAGAUUAAAGAGGAACAGGAGGAACUGUGCCCCAGUCAGGAGGGAGAGCAGCUUGUACUGAAGCAGGAGACUGAUACCUUUAUGUUGACUCCUACUUAUGAGGAAAGUGACCACAGUGAAGGUCAGACUCUGAACUUCAAUCCUGAUGAUGACUCUCUAAGUGCAGCAGAGAAAGAGUCUGUAGCCAACAUGCCAGUUAUAACCUCUGUGGUAUCAGAAGCAAACAGUGACCACCAGCUCCUCUCUCACAACUCUCAUGAAGCUGAGAGCCAAGAUCAGAAAGGAGACAAGCAUGGAGACUCAGGAUCAACUAGAAAUGCAGAGCCAGAACCAAAGAAGAGACGACGCAAGAGCAGAAGUCACAGCAACAACGUAGACAACACUAACGUGUCAGAGAUUCACCCUAAUACUCAAACAGAGCUCCCACAGCAACAUGUCUGUAAGGAGGAGGAGGUUCUCAACUCUCAUGAAGCUGAGAGCCAAGAUCAGAAAGGAGGCGAGCAUGGAGACUCAGCAUCAACUAGAAAUGCAGAGCCAGAACCAAAGAAGAGACGACGCAAGAGCAGAAGUCACAGCAACAACGUAGACAACACUAACGUGACAGAGAUUCACCCUAAUACUCAAACAGAGCUCCCACAGCAACAUGUCUGUAAGGAGGAGGAGGUUCUCUCUGACCAGCAGCUCUGUAUUCAGGAGAAGAACUCCAGUCUGGACCAAGAGGACCCAGAGCCUCCACAGAUUAAAGAGGAACAGGAGGAACUGUGCACCAGUCAGGAGGGAGAGCAGCUUGUACUGAAGCAGGAGACUGAUACCUUUAUGUUGACUCCUACUUAUGAGGAAAGUGACCACAGUGAAGGUCAGACUCUGAACUUCAAUCCUGAUGAUGACACUCUCAGUGCAGCAGAUACAGAGUCUGUAGCCAACAUGCCAGUUAUAACCUCUGUGGAAUCAGAAGCAAACCAUGACCACCAGCUCCUCUCUCACAACUCUCAUGAAGCUGAGAGCCAAGAUCAGAAAGGAGACAAGCAUGGAGACUCAGGAUCAACUAGAAAUGCAGAGAACCAAAGAAGAGACGACGCAAGAGCAUAAGUCACAGCAACAACGUAGACAACACUAACGUGUCAGAGAUUCACCCUAAUACUCAAACAAGUAAAAAGUCUUUCAUAUGUGACACAUGUGGAAAAGACUUUAAGUACAUCUCAGCAUUUCAGAAACACCUGAGAAUCCACACAUGUGAGAAGCCUUAUUCUUGCAAAACAUGUGGAAAAGAUUUCCGACGUAAACAUCACCUGGAAAAUCACAUGAGAUCUCACACAGGUGAGAAGUGAUAUCCUUGCAAGAACUGCGGAAAAAGACUCAGUGUCGCUUCAGCAUUAAAAAGGCAUAUGAGAAUUCACACAGGUGAGAAGCCGUAUGUUUGCAAAACAUGUGGAAAAGAGUUUGGGCAAAAUAGUAACUUGUCGGUCCACAUGAGAAGAGCACACACAGGUGAGAAUCCGUACGUUUGCAAGACCUGCAGGAAAAGAUUCUGUGACGGUUCAGGUUU